AUGUUACAAAGUUUCAAUAGUCAAAGCCCUUUAAUUUCUUCUGGCAAUUUAAGAUAUGGUGAUGCUUCCUUGAGACGGCAUGACAAUCAGACACAGUACUGGAAAUGGACUCUUGGUCGCGCUAGUAAUGUUGAACUCUAUGAUUCGGUCGACACUCGCAGAUCAAUAAUUGGAAGCAACGAUAAGUACAAUUCGGAAGAGUGUAAUUUACAGGUACGCGAUUCUUCUUUCAAUGGAAAAGCUACUUGGUGGACAAGGCAUCAAUCUCUGGACGAGUUCCAGCCAUUACAGGGAACAAGGCAAACCCGACUAAAGCAAACCUCGGUGGAAUCAAACCUCAUAAUUCAAUUUCAAGAGAGAGGUACAUACCAAGCCAAUUACUUGCACAAUGCUGAACUUCCCGGCCAUGAAGACCGGAGAAAUUUUCAAGAAGCGCAAAACAGCUGGAAAAGGAAGGCUUUGGAUUCAAACUUCGGCCUAGAUUUGAAUUUGGCUCUUAAGGCAGCACCAAGCAACGAUGAAUUUGAAAACACGAGUACUUUGGAUGGCGAUGAGGUUGCUAGUAGUUUUUCUCUUUCACUGUCUUCAUCACCACCCUCAAAGCAGUUUGGCAGGUUGAAGGAUGGAGAUACUGGUCGUAGGAAACUUCAUUCGAGGGGGACGAGUACUCUGGAUCUGACUUUAUGA